AUGUCGGAUCAUGAGUUUGGAGGCAACGAUGACCUCUCAUUGCCGAAAGCGACCGUCCAGAAGAUAGUCAGUGAAAUCCUAUCCGGAUCGUCUGGCAUCGCAUUUUCCAAGGAGGCUCGCGACGUCCUCAUAGAAUGCUGCGUCGAGUUCAUCACCCUUAUCAGCUCAGAGGCCAAUGAGAUUUCGGAAAAGGAGGCCAAAAAGACGAUCGCAUGCGAUCAUAUCGUCAAGGCCCUCGACCAGCUUGGUUUCCCCGACUAUGUGCCCGCAGUGCUGGAAGCGGCUGCCGAACACAAGGAAGUUCAGAAGGGGCGCGAGAAGAAGGCAAACAAACUUGAGCAGAGCGGCCUGACCUUGGAGGAACUGGAGCGGCUGCAGCAAGAACAGUUUGCUGCAGCCGCGGCGAGGCACAACUGA